GAUGCAACACUCCACCGCUAGAUGGCGCCUGAAUACACAAAAAAAUGCAGGCUACAACAACAAAUUGUGCUUUGAGUAACCGCACAUCUUCCUGCUAUUUUUUGGAGGGUUUAUACACGUUUCCUGUGUCUCUUACAAAACCAGAACGACGACAGAUGCGUUUGAGAAGAGUCCUGGCCACUGAGCUGACACACUGACUGUGUUUAUAUUCUAGGCUGGUUUUGUGGAAUUGCACAGUGGAGACGAGGAGAUAACAAGUUGCAGUCUGAAUAACGGGACGGAUGUGUAUGUGUGUGUCGGAUGUUUCAGAAAGAUAAGACAGAUCUUCGUGUUGAAGACAUGCUGAUGCUGUUAUUUGCCUGUGCAAAUGUUUUUAGGCUCUUUUGAGUGUAACCUUCAACACAGAACACUUCUUCCCAGCAUUAGAAAGAGAAGUGAAACUGCGUGUUAAGAAGUACAGUAUAAAGAGAAGCAUUUCUGAUGGUUUGGGGCUGAACUUGCGUCUGCAGGAAUGGUGAUCCGUGGUCUGUGGGUUUGUAAAAUCCGUUUGGUGAAGCACUUUGGGCUGGCCCAAGUCCUGUGCCUACUGGUCUUUACCUGCCUUUUUGUAACUCUCUUCAUCGACUACAUUGAGUCAUGGGUCACUUCUCUACGAAUGAAUGGAGUCGGGGGUGGCCAGGGAGGGAUUCUUCCUCAGAGCGUGCCCCCUACACGUCCAGAAGAAUACCUCCUUAUGCCGAGUCCGCUUGUUUGUCAGCGUGCAAAGCCCUAUCUCAUCACCAUGGUGACCUCGGCCCCUGCUAAUAAGAAAGCUCGUCAGGCAAUCCGUGAUACCUGGGGUGGUGAAGUGCAAGUCCGAGGUUAUCGGGUCAUGACUUUGUUCAUGAUAGGACAGGUAUCAGAUACUGUUCUGACCAAACAACUGACAGAUGAGGCACGGGAACACGGAGACCUGGUUCAGGGUCGCUUCGUGGACUCUUACGCUAAUCUGACCUUAAAGACCUUGUCCAUGUUAGCUUGGGCCCGGCGCUUUUGCCCUGAAGCUCGCUUCCUAGCCAAGGUGGAUGACGAUGUGAUGUUCAACCCCAGUGCGUUACUACAGUACAUCAACCUUAACUGGGGGGCACAAGAGAGGGAGCUUGAGGAACUCUACCUCGGUCGGGUUCACUUGAAGGUAGCACCGGACCAUGAUCCAGGCAGCAAGCACUUUUUUCCUAAAGAUGCUUUCUCGGGUGCGGUCUUCCCUGAUUACUGCAGCGGAACCGCAUACGUGCUUUCCCGUCCCGCUGUGCUAAAGCUCUCUCUGGCAGCUGCUGCCUCACCGUUGCCCAAGCCCCUGCCUCCUGAAGAUGUGUUUGUAGGUUUGUGUGCCAACACAGCUGGCAUCGCUCCCACUCACUGCCCGCUCUUCUCCGGAGGACCACCCAUGCCGUAUGCACGCUGCUGUUACCAGGCCAUGGUGUCUGCCCAUCAUACUAAACCUGAGGAAAUGCUCAACUACUGGGAAGACAUGCAUUCCAAAGCUCCCUGCUCCUGGGUGGGAGUCCGCUCUUCACUUGGCAUUUGUAAAUUGAGAGCACUACUAGGAUACAUGUUAUGGCCUACAUUAUAAACAGAAACCCAUGGAAAGUGAAGAAGAUUAUGCAGUAUUUCUUAGACACGCACACACACUUGUACAGGCUGAAGAAGUACAUGACGAACUACCAUGUAUAGUUGUUUUAUGUGCCAGUUGUCAAAUAAUAAAUGUCUGUGUUAUUUAUUACAUUCCCUGUACAAGCACUUGAUAGUCAAAUGUGUUUCAAACACACUUCAUAAACUUCACUAUAAUGUAGUCUGAAUUCAUAGCUAAAUAUUUAUAUUUAUUUAUAAAUAUUUAAUGUUUUACAAGUAAGGUGUAAAAAAUUUUUCUUGAUGCAACUGAAGUGAGCUUGCUGGACAUGACCACUGUCUUUGAACAUUCAUAUUUAUGAGGUUCGAUGAUAAAAACGACAGUAAACAAAUGUGUUUGAUUUGAAUAUUUCCUAAGAAGAAAGAUGAUGUUUGCAAGAGUACAAUGGGCAGCUCUCAAACCUGCUCUUCCACAAGAACAUAUGGCCUUAUGCAACAGAAGACUGAAAGAUGAGAAUGAUUUUGACAAAAGCGUGAAUAGUUGUAAGAGUAACUUUUACAAAGUUCAAUUGCUAUUCUUUAUAUAACUGAAUGCAGUGUGUUUUCACGACGUUUUUUAUUGCACGGGCUGAUGCACAUGGUCAAAUGGUCAAUGCUAAUCGAUAUGGCUGUAAAGCAAAGCAGAAUGUAGGUUAUUAUAGUUUUGCCCACUAUUUAUACUCCUUCAGUGUCGCAUCUAAUAAACCUAAAUCAUAGCUGGGAGCUCUGAAGUCAGGAUUUAUAGUUAUUUUCAGCGACAUUUAAUCUGUUUACCCACCAAACAAAGGCACUGAGCUAACACUCAGGGUUGUAGGGCGAAGAGUUGAAGAGAAAGCAAACAUUAGCUACAUAAUUUACAUGAAGCAGAGAAGUGUGAAAUUAUGCAAAAAAAAAAAAAAAAAACCCUGACUACAAAAUUCUGUAUGUUUAUGUGAUUUGCUGAGCAAAUUCAUGAAGUGGGGAGAAAGUGGAACAGGAUCAGGUUCCUAAAGUAAUACUUGUAAAUGCUAGCAUUGAAAAUUGUAAUAGUGGCCAAAUUAACAUUAUGUAAUUUGAGGUCUAUGCUUAUUCCAUUCGGGUUUUUUUUUUUUUUUUUGCAUUUUACCAUCUUUAUGAACUAGGACAAAAACAGACAAGAGUUUAAAAUAAUAAUAAUAAUAAUAAUAAUUCUUCCCAUUUAUAAGUAGCAUGCACUACAACGUUGCUUGUUUCGUACAAAAUGGUGAGUGAGAAUUCAUUUCAAAGCUCUUUGGCAGGUGCUAUCUAAAAGUGAUACCUCCCAGUUCGACUGUAAAUUAUCAAAAGAUCAUGGAUUCAGGUAACAUAUUAAAGGUAAGAAGAUUAGGGGAAGAACUUUAUUUCAAUCAACACACUCAUACCCAUGGCUCAUGGGUGGAUCCUGAGUUUGGGUUACGGUCUGUGUGGGUUCCAUCCAGGUUCUCCGGUUUCCUCCUACUGGCCAAAAACAUGCCAGUAGGUGGAUUGGCUAUUUUUAAAUUACCCCUUGGUGUGAAUGUGUGUGUGUGUGCACGCGUGAUGCUCUGCGAUGGACUGGCGUCCCAUCCAGGGUGUAUUCCUGCCUCCAGAUCCACAGUGACCCUGACUUAUUUGAAUGAAUGAAUAACAUUGCCAAUAAUCCAUGGGACUGCAUAUAUAUAUAUAUAUAUA